UUACAGUCGAUAUAUAGUGAACACCACUAAUUUUUCCGGUGGCGUCGUUGUAAAAUAAAGUUCUUAGUUUGAAAUUUUACUUAAAAUAUUUGCAUAAACAUGCUGAGCCGUAAGCGUCGCGCUAGCUCAAUAUCAAGUCGACAAGACGAGGAUCCACUCUUGCUUGACGAUUCGACGCCUGAGCAGUCUCCGGUACAGCAGACACAAUCGGCGCGCAAAAAGCGGCGCUUGGAUCCAGCGGAGCUGUGCCAACAGCUGUACGACUCGAUACGCAACAUUAAGAAAGAAGAUGGAUCAAUGCUGUGCGAUACAUUCAUACGGGCUCCCAAACGUCGCCAGGAGCCCUCUUAUUAUGACGUGGUGGUAAACCCCAUCGAUUUGCUAAAAGUACAACAAAAGUUGAAAACAGAUUCUUAUGACGAUCUGUACGAUAUGAUGAAUGACCUGGAAUUGCUGAUAAGCAAUGCAAAGGCGUUCUAUAAGCCCGAGUCGACCGAAUUUCAGGACGCACUUGCUCUGUGGCAACACAUACAGACACAUAGACAGCGCAUCAUGGAAGCUAAUGGCUUCGCGGAGGAGGAACCACGUGCUAAACGUGCGCCGCGUAAUGCACGGCGUCUGACGAGCAGCACAGAGCCUGGAGCAGGGGACCUUGACGACGAAUGCAAUCAGUACGAAGAACUUUUUGCAUCUAUCAUGACUGCUACGGAUCCAAUUGGCGACAGGGCUAUGCAUCGCAUGUUCCAACUGCUGCCGUCCAAAAAAGUUUAUCCGGACUAUUAUGAUGUGAUAGAGCAUCCCAUUGACUUGCGCCUGAUUGCCACCAAGAUACAAAUGAACGCCUACUCGUCACUAGUGGAAAUGGAGCGUGAUCUGCUGCAAAUGACUAAGAAUGCCUGUCUCUUCAAUGAGCCCGGAUCGCAGAUCUACAAAGACGCCAAAACCUUAAAGCGAAUAUUUACGCAGCGCCGUCUAGAGCUGGAGUCGGGCAAGGCCAAACCAGUCCGACGCCUGAAGAGCUUAUCAAGUGCAGCUAUAUCAGCGCUAAAAGAAGAAUUGGAUAGCUCUGACGAUGAGGAGACCAGCAAGAAAGGCGAGGGACCCAUGUGGGCGUUAUUUGACCACUUAUAUAAUGCUCCAGGCACCUCGGAGCAUCCGGGUGUCACCGGUCCGCCGCUAGGCAACUCUUUAUGGAAGCUGCCAGUGCGCCGCUUUCAUCCUGAGUAUUUUGAGUUAAUCAAACGUCCCAUUUCUAUGAGUCAGAUUAACACAAAGCUGAAGAAGGGAGAUUAUGCGAAUAUAAGUGAUCUCACAGGUGAUCUGUAUUUAAUGCUGGACAAUGCCAAAAAGGCAUUUCCAGUCACGCAUCGCACGCACAAAGAUGCACUGAAAAUGCAAAAACUCAUGAAUGCAAAACUGGUCGAGGAAUCAUUGGAGGAAACCAGUGACAUGGAUGAAGAUGAAACUGAUGAAACUUUCACAACCAGCGUGCAGCCAGAGAAACGAAAGCCGGGCCGACCACGAGUCAAUUCCAGUUCCAGUACGGCGCAUACAUCUAAUAACUCAAAUUCUCCUAAAACGAAUCGCAUUGCUAUAAACGCAGCCAUCAAAAAGAAGAUUCUCAGCAUUCAAAAAUAUUUGGUGGACUAUACAGUGGGCAACCGUCGGCCGAUUGAGAUGUUCAUGGAAAAGCCGCCACGCAAAGUAUAUCCAGAUUACUAUGACAUAAUACAGAAUCCAAUUGACAUGAACACCAUCGAGCACAAUAUACGUGCCGAUCGCUAUGCUACUGUUGAGGAUGUCGUAUCUGACUAUCGGCUCAUGUUUUCCAAUUGUCGGCAAUAUAACGAGGAGGGCUCCAAUAUAUACGAGGAUGCUAAUGCGCUGGAACGUGCCCUGAAUGAGAAACUGAAAGAAUUUCCCGGUCUGGUUGAGGUCAAGAGACCACUUCAAAAAUACAAGCUGGGACGCAAGCCAAAGGCAGCGCUGUUAGCCGACCGAGAACGUCUGUGGCAGUUCUAUGAAACACUGCGGGACUAUCAAGAGCCGAAAGGCAAAAGACAGUUGUCGUUGAUUUUUACAAAGCUUCCAUCAAAGAGCGACUAUCCGGAAUAUUAUGACAUAAUCAAGGACCCCAUGGACAUGGAGCGGAUUGCGCAAAAACUUAAGCAAGCUGCCUACGAAAGCGUGGACGAGCUAGCAGCCGACUUUCUGCUUAUGCUUGAGAAUGCCUGCAAAUAUAACGAGCCCGACUCGCAAAUAUACAAGGACGCAUUGGUGUUGCAGCAGUUGACGCUGCAGCUAAAGCAACAACUGCGCACUGAACGUGAUGCACUGCCUGAUGUUCCAUUGGCUGUUCAGGAGCUAUUUUUAACUCUAUUCUCCUCGGUUUACAAUCAUCAGGAUGAAGAAGGGCGUUGUUACUCGGACUCUUUGGCUGAGCUCCCCGAGUACGAUGAAUUGGGCGAGGGCGCAAAGGUACGCGGCAUCUCCUUGGAUCUGAUCAAGAGGCGUCUGGAUAAGGGCGCGUAUAAACGUUUGGAUGUAUACCAAGAGGAUAUAUUUGCAUGUUUGGAACGAGCGCGUAAAUUGUCCCGCACCGAUUCGGACAUCUUUCAGGACUCUAUCGAACUUCAAACAUAUUUUAUACGAAAGCGAGAUGAGCUGUGCAAGGACACAUUGAGUUCGCCAGCGCUCGGAUUCACACUGGACAAAUUGCUUGCAGACGUGGAGGUUAUGCGGCUACAAAAGGUGGUCCAAGAGGAGCAGGACCAGGAGCAAGAGAAGGAGGACUUCAAUGCCAGCGCAAAAGGUGAAAGCAUGACAAUCAACCAGCAGGUUUAUUCACCUGGCGACUACGUAUACGUGCAGAUGCCAGAUAACAAGAUUCCCAGUAUUGCAUGCAUCGAACGGCUGUGGACUACCCCGACCAAUGAGAAGCUAAUGCAGGCCUCAAUCUUUUUGCGCCCCCAUGAAACCUAUCACGUUACGACUCGCAAGUUUCUCGAGAAAGAAGUGUUCAAGAGCAGCAUUUCGCAAACCAUAUCCAUGGACAAGGUAUUGGGCAUGUGCUACGUCAUGCAUAUCAGGGACUAUAUUAAGCUACGGCCGGAUGGGCUGCCCGAAAAAGAUGUGUUUGUCUGUGAGUCGCGCUACAACUUGCAGGGUCGUUGCUUCAAAAAGCUUAAAAAUUGGCCAACCUCGCGCGAGAGCAACAACAGCUCUGUGCGAUUUGUGCCGCGCGAAACGCCAUUGGAGCUGAAGCGUGUGAUGUCCGUCUUCAAGGAACGGAUAGAGAAGCACAAGGGUGAACUAGAAGAGCUUAAGCUACAAGAGGUACUCAUCGAAAAGGAGAAACCCAAUGUAACCUGCGACGCGCCACCAAAUGCCCAGGACAACAGUGUAUACUAUCAACAGUACAACACCAUUUGCAGUGGAGUUAUUAAGACCGGUGACUUCGUAUAUGUGGCCACGCAAAGUGGCAAGCAAUCCGUUGCACAAGUCCAGCAAAUCUGGGAACUAAAUGGCAAGUCGUACUUCAAGGGGCCAUGGCUGCUGGCGCCUAGCGAGACGACGCCGGCUUUGGGCAAGCAAUUCUAUCGCCAAGAGCUACUUCUGAGCACUGUUGAGGAUAUGAGUCCUGUCAUCAGCAUCGUGGGCCGAUGCGCUGUUCUAGAGUAUGCCGAGUUCAUUAGCUCCCGGCCUACGGAAAUUGCUGAGAGUGAUGUGUACAUAUGCGAGUCUGUCUACGAUGAGCUUAAAAAGGCGCUGCGCAAUCUGGUAGUUGGUAAUCUGCGCAAGUUCCAACACAGCGCUGAGGUUACAGAGGAUGAGAUCUUUUACUUUAAAACUCAUAUAAAACCGGCGAAAGAUGUUAAAAGCGAGUUGAACGAACUGGCCAUGCUGGAAGAUUCCAUGGAUGGCGAUACACCAUCCCUAAGCUCGGAUAUAGUGGCGAUAUCUUCCCCAGCACCGUCUAUCAACUCCACUCCGCUUACCUCUAAAGCAAAAACCAAAUCGACCAAGAAGAGCCUCACCGGCUAUAUACUCUACUCCAGCGAUGUGCGGAAGGGUAUAAGUCAGAGCAAUCCGGAUGCCACAUUUGGUGACAUUUCGCGCUUGGUGGGCAACGAGUGGAAGAGUCUGCCGGCCAGCGUGAAACAAAGCUGGGAGGAUCGCGCCAACAAGCUAAAUGAAGAGGCCGCGGCCUUGCGUCGCGAAAUUGACGACAACCAAAAUUGCGGUAGUCCGUUGCCUCUAAACGCAGCAGGUGGCCAGGACGCCAGUCCGGCACUGACCUUUGAGUGCCUAUGGGACAAAUGUGACUUUCAGUUUGAAGAGAUGGCCGACUGCACCGAGCACUGCCUAUCGGAUGGCACCGGGCACAUAAACCGGCAUCCGCAAGCGGGAGUCGAAAUGGAAUACGUUUGUCUAUGGCGCAAUUGUCCUCGUAUUCGCAAGUCCAUACAGGCGUUCCCCAAUGUGCUGCGUCUCGUCAAACAUGUACGCGAGGUGCACCUGAGCAAAUGUGGCAAGCCGCUAAGCAUCACAGAACGAAGCAAAAAUUUUGUACCGCGCAAACAGAAAAAUCUACCACAAUUAGCUGUAGCAAUGCCCUCUAGCAAUGUGUUGUCACCACGAGCUCCUCUUAACACGGAGACAAUACAGCAUCAGCAGCACCAAAUGCAGUUUCAACAACAGCAACAGCAGCAGCAGCAACAACAACAACUCCAGCUGCAGACCAUUGUUACGGGACCGCCUCCAGAGCCUAUGUUCGUAACUGUUCCACCUCGUGCCAACCGUGUCAUCCACUCUGAGGCGUAUAUUAAGUACAUUGAAAGCUUGCAGACGGGCAGCCAUUUGAGCGUCAGUGCGUGCAACAACAAUUGGCGGCGAUCACUAACCCACGUGCAUCCCAACCAGGUGGCCAAGACGCAACUGCCAGAGCACUGGCUUGGGCCCAAUGUACGUGACCGAGAAAAUGUGGUGCAGGCGUUGUGCCAUUUACGCAAUUUUAUGCUAGACGAUGUGCUCGAAAUUCGACGCAGCUGCAACUAAAGUUAAUUCUCAGUUGAAAUCUCAUCUUUUCUCUGUUAAAAAAAGUUUAUUAAGAACACCAAACACUUGUAUUUAUAUGGAUGCAUAUAUACACAAAUGCAUUUGUUACAUUUGCCUGUAAAUGUCAUAUGAUUUUUGCAAUACAAUCGAUGUAUCAUAUAUACAUAAAGCGUG